AUGACGACCUCAGAGGUCCUCCCCAGUGCUGACAGCACCAAUGGCUCCGACAGAGCCCCCCCCGACAUGGCAGCCAUGCAAGCCAAGUUCGCCAGCAUCCAACAAAAAUACACUGAAGAAGCCUCCAAACGCUUCCGCUCAGACGGCCUCGCCCAGUACGUCGACCUCCAGGACGCCAAGGACGCCCGCAUCCAUUCCCUAGGCAAAGAUCCCUGGGUCGACCACGCAGUUCUCAACGCCAAAACCCCCGCUGUCAAGGAUGGCGGGAGGUACAAAUUCGUCAUCCUGGGAGGCGGCUACGGCGGUCUCAUCGCCGCUGUCAAGCUUAUCGAAGCUGGUCUCGUCAACGGUCCUGAUGAUCUCCGUAUCAUUGAGGCCGGUGGUGGAUAUGGUGGUACUUGGUAUUGGAACCGCUAUCCUGGUCUGCACUGUGAUGUGGAGAGUUAUAUCUACAUGCCGCUGUUGGAAGAGACGGGGUAUGUUCCUAAGCAAAAAUACGCUACGGGACUUGAGCUGCGUGAGCAUGCUGAGAGGAUUGCCACAAAGUGGGAUCUCCAUGACAAGGCGCUUUUCAGGUCGGAGGUGACGGAUUGCAGGUGGAGUGAUGAGGAGGAGGUGUGGAAUGUGGCUGUGACGGAAAACAGGGGGCCAGAGGAGGGAGAAAGGAAGCUGAAUAUCCAGGCGAAUUAUUUCUUUGUUUUGUCGGGUGUUUUGACGAUUCCUCAUGUUCCCAAGGUACCGGGACUGGAGAACCUUGGGGGGUCGAUGUUCCAUACAUCUCGCUGGGAUUAUGGGACUACGGGUGGCUCGCAGGAGGACCAGAAUUUGACCGGAUUGGAAGGGAAAAGGGUGGGGAUUAUCGGGACUGGUGCGACGGCUAUUCAGGUUGUGCCAAAGCUGGCAAAGUUUGCGAAGGAGGUGUAUGUUUUCCAGCGGACGCCUUCGUCGGUGAGUUGGCGUGGUCAGAAGGAAACGGAUCUUGAGGAAUGGCAAAUCGCCAACAAAAAAGGAUGGCAACGCGAGCGCCGCUAUAACUGGGUCACUUACCUUAACAACUGCGCACCCCCGGAGCAAGUCAACAUGGUGGGCUGUGGAUGGACCGAGGCGCCUGCCUAUUGUGCUAUCAUUGGCUCUCCCAACUUUGGGAUCAUCGAGCCUACUCCAGAGAAGAUUGGCGAGCAUGUUGGGGGCCUCUUGAUGUUGGACCUGCCACGUGCUGAAAAGGCUCGUGCUCGCAUUGAUGAGAUCGUCAAGGACCCGGAGACAGCAAAGGCGCUCAAGCCUUGGUACCCUGUUUGGUGCAAGCGUCCAACUUUCAGUGAUGAGUACCUGCAGGCAUUCAACCUCCCUCACGUUCACUUGGUUGACACAGACGGAAAGGGUAUCGACUCUGCUACUAGCACAGGGCUGGUCGUGCAAGGGAAGGAGUAUCCGCUCGACAUCCUCGUUCUCAGCACUGGAUAUCGGUCUCCUGCGUAUGGUGGUCUUAACCCUGCGAAACGGACGGGAAUCAAUGUUUUUGGCCGUGGUGGAAAGUCGUUCGACGACAAGUGGGAUGCUCAGGGAGCUUCGACUCUCCAUGGUGUUAUCAGCCACGGGUUUCCUAACCUUUUCUUUGGGCCGACUGCUCAGUUUGGGCAGUCUCCUAACAACACUGAGACGUUGGAUAUUGCGGCUGAACACAUGACUCACUUCAUCAAGAAGGCCGAGGAAAAGGUUGGGGGGCUCGCCGUGAUUGACCCGACAGUAGAGGCUGAAGAGGGCUGGGCGAUGGAAGCCGUCAAGCGAGCUGCCAAUCUUGCUGCACUUAGCGUGUGCACGCCAGGUUAUACCACUUCGGAGGGCGAGUUCAACAAGCCAAAUCAGGAUCCUGCCGAGAUGAUGAAGAGUGCUAGGAUGGGUAUUUGGUCGGAGGGCAUCUUGUCCUUUAUGAAGGUUCUUGAAGAGUAUAGGGCUGGUGAUUUAGUGGGAGUUGAUGUUACUCCGAGGAAGUCUGGGUAA